ACUGUAAGAAAGUGCUCUCACUUCUCAUGUUUCUCUGCGGGGAGACGCUGCUGGGAGAAGGAACUACGCUGCCGCUCGUCUAAUUCACUCAACAACAAUACACAGCUUUUUAAAGGGACAUUCCAGUUUCCAGUUUCGAACGUUCAAAGUUCACCCAGAAGGAGAAUUAGUAUGCGCCCAAAAACUGCAACGACUGCUUCUCCUGCCGCUGUUGCUUCUGCAACUGCAUAAGUGUCCAGGGACAUGAAACUCAAUCCACAGCAAGCUCCGUUGUAUGGCCAGUGUGUUCUCACGGUGCAGCUCGCCGAUGAAGAGCUGGCUGCAGAUGAGGAGGGCGUGGACUACUUCCUUCUGUUUGCUGGCAGCACACAAAGACACCUGACCAGCACCUUAAGGAGCAGUCAUGACACCUUGCAGGCAGUGUGUCCCGCCCAUGACUGCUGUGAGGAGGUGCUGGUCACCCUAUGUUCUGUCAUCCAAGUUGCACCCGAGGCAUCCGAGGACCCGUGUCUGGUGCGUGUGGCUAAGCUGUCCGAGCAUCAAUUUACCUUUGUCCAGGAUUUGGCGUUUGACGUGGCCCAGUUCCUGGUGAGCACGGCAGGCCGGACUGAUGCCCUCGAUGGAGCGCUGCUGCUAGACGAGUGUCAGAUUCCGCUGCAGGAGUGCGAGCGUCUCGACGAGAACCUGGCACUGGCCCUCCAACAUUUGGUACUGCCACCAGGAUGGAGCUUACUGGGAAACAAACUGAACAACAGCAUUGAUCUGCAUCCCCAGGAGACUCUGCUGCAUUUCUCAGCUCGUCGAGGUCUUUUUCGGGUUACACACUUCUUGCUGCAGCAGCCUGGAGCAAGAGAGGCCCUGGGAUUAGCCAACAGACAAGGCCAAACUCCGUCCACCAUUGCUGCUUUACGAGGACAUGAACGUCUCCGUGAACUCCUGACAAAGGCUGACACGGACACAGAGAAAGGCACUAAGGGUGUCCACCGGGUCCCUUCAGACGCCCGGGUAAUUUGCCAUCUACCCAGACUGAACACACAUUCUCUGACACUAAGAAUUCACCCUGGUCACGAACUUCCAACCCUUCAGAAGAGCGUGGAGCAGCUGCUGCACCUGAUAUGCCAUCUCCAUGCCAAGGGAGUUUCUGCACUGGAGCUGCAGUUUGAUUGUCUGCACACAUCAGCUGAAUGCUGUGAUGGUUUGGAGACAGAGAUAACCUGUGUGGGGGAUCUACAGCAACCUGCAACAGCAUUGAAGUGCUCGGCUACAUCAGCUGAAGGCAGCUGGGCUCCAGACUACCUGGUGGAAAGCGGCAGUGCUGAUUUAGGACACAGUGAGUCUGGAAAUACAGAGAAGAAAGACUGGAGGUUUUCUGUGAGUACUCCAACAUCAGGAGUAUGCCCUGAGGAGUGUGUCUUCGGCUCCACAGAGGAACCGGUAUGUUUUAGUUCAAACACACAGAGAGAUAACUGCCAAACUCAAGAGGAGGGAAGAGAGCAGCCUGUUGUUUCCACCCAGAGUUUGAGUUUAUGUCACAGGAGUGAAGGAGCUCAGAGUGAGGCAGAAAGGACAAACCUCACUGUGGGAAUCCCACCACCUACAGACUGUGGUAAACAGGCAGUGGAAACUGAUAAAGGAGAGGCUGUGAUCCAGGAAGGACAGGAGGCCACAAAGGGAGAGGAAAGAUCGGAGCCUGAAGAAGAGCAAAGGGGAGUCAAGGGGAGGGAGGUGGAGGAGGAGUCUCACUCAGAGUCAAUAACACUCCCGAGGGACACGAAAGCGUCACUCAUGGGCCUGUCCUUGUCGUCAGAGAGUUUAGAGGUGUCUGACAACUCUGACUCUGUAAUGAAGGACUGCUCUCAGGAAGAGGACACUGUUCGGGAUGAGGAGGAGGAGAUGAAACUUUGUGAGGAACUCUGUGAUCGACUAUCUUCAGAUGAGGAGCAGACAGAGAAUGAAGGGUUAAGUGAUCUUGUACCAUCCUCAAGGGACCACCCCAGCCCAUCGCUGAUAGACUGCAGUGAUGUAAUAGAGCAGCCUGAAUCUGCUUUAUCACAACUCCUGAUAGAAGGCCUCCACAAGCGGGAACCUCCACCAGACAUGAGCAGCCUGGAACAAAACCAGGAAACAGCUGGUAGGGAUUACGCUACAGCGCAGCAGCAGCAGCAGGGCUUGGCUCCAUUAACAAAUUCUGGAAAUUGUAUUGGAACAGCAAACGUUGCAGAGCUAGAUGGUCAGCCUUCUGGCUACAGUAUAGAAAACGCUGCUUUGUUUAUGGAUGAAUCUGACCACACAGCAGAUGAUUGGACCGUUGGUGACUCAAUUGAAGAUACUCGGAUUGAUGAAGUUGAUUAUGAGCAAUCACCUGACAUUAUGGCCAGCUCUGGUAAGAGGCAUGCUGAUGGCCUUUCCAGUGAUGAUGAGGGCAGUUUCCAAUCAGUUGGAAGCUCCUCAACAGAAAUAUUCCACACCACUAAGGAUGAUAUGGCAAUGCAGGAGCAGGAUUUGAUUCAGUCUAAAAUAGCAGAACUGUCCUCAGCAGGAUCGAUGAUGGAGGAAUCAAGUGAUAUAAAGCCUGUUGAAAGUGAAGAGUGUAUGCCCACUGUGAAUGCAGGGCUCCUGUUGGAGCCUGCUUCUGACAUUGUAGUGACAUCAGUGGGACGCAGCCAGACUGGCUCUGAGCCUGAAUCACAGCUACCACCAUGUCCUCAUAUAGUAGAUGAUUUAAAUCCUGAGAGGACAGGAGAGAACCUUGUCCCAAAAGUUUUCAAUGAGGAUCCUUCAUUAGAUCCUGAGCUGUCAGAGAAUGAGGUCGGCUGUGACCUGAAUGCAGAUAUUGGGCAUUCAGCAUCAGAGGUCACAUCUGGGGUGACCUGUACUGUACCAUUUAAGGAUGAUUCUCAGUCAGUAGAGACCUGUGAUAAAGUUGUGGUGGCCUCAGGAGAAGAAAGUGGACCUGUGCAAUAUGUGCAACAACCACAGGAACACAAUCAUUUACAAAUGACAGCAGAUGAAAGGUCACCUGAUGAGGGAUUAAGUCACCCAGGGAAUCAGAUCUGUGUCCCUUCAUCUACAAAUGCAACUCAGCUUUCAGUGCACAGUGCAGAAGUAGAGCCACCAUCUCCAAACAAUGAAGAAUCCAGUAAAUACUUUGAAAAUAAUGUGACUGAAAUGCCACAGAAGCUUGACACAGUGGAUGGAGCCUGGGAAAGUAACAGCAGUGCAGUUCAAGUGGUAGAUGUCAUCAAGUCUGAAGAUGGUGUAAUUGCUGCAGGGGAGGAAGAAAACCGCACAGCAGAGGAAACCAACUUCUCCACGAUCCACAGAGACAAAGAGGCAACGUUCCAUCAGCCCUACAGCACGCAGCACUCAGGAUCCUCACAGUCUUCAGCAUUUCCCAGUUUGACCAGUAGGACAGACAGUACCACCAGUUGUCCCUCCACAUCUCACAGAGAUUCUGGCAGUGAUAUAGAAAGCUUCCUGAACACAGAUCCAGGAUAUGACGGCGUCCUCCGAAAGAACGAUGAACAAGUAACAGGAGGAGACAGCACCAGCGAGGUUUCUGUCUCCUGCUCCUCCACAGACGACACUGCCAGUGUGGGUCCGUCCAGCUCCAGUCCUGAGGGCAGCCAGGGACUGGGCUGCAGCUGGAGCCCAGAGGAGGUCAUCCAGGCUGGGGCUACGACCUCUGUAGGACUGGAUGGAGGAGUAGGAGGAGCAGGAGAAGCUGAAGAAGAAGCCAAAGAUAGAGUGUCUGAGGUGCCGCGGCGCUCUUGUCUCUUCCGGAACAGCAACCGCUCCCUGUCACCUCUUCGCCGCCACAGCUGGGGCCCUGGUAAGAACAACGGAGGAGACGCAGAGAUGAACCAGAGGAGUUCCAUCCGUAACGUGGGUGAAGGGAAGCUGACCUUUCACAGAAGAAGCUACAGUCUGGAGGGGCUCAGUGGAGUGCAGGAAGAACUGAGGGGCCCCGCCACACGAGGGCCUCGAAUCCUGGAGCCCCCAAGGAUGCCCCGACAUGACAGUGAUGACAGGGGCUCGCUGGUGUCUUUGACUGAGGAGCAGGAGGAGUUGGGGGAGCACGCAGGACUACAUGAUCUGAAAUCGAGGCGGUAUCGACCUCUGCGAAACAGCUGCUCUUCCAUGACCCUGCCCCUGACCAAGUCUGUGUCCAUGCUCACCAUCAGCCAGAGAGAUAUCGAUAGUAUGAGGUCUUUUUCCAGCAACUCUGGGUCACUAGCAUACAGUAUAUCGGAGGAGGAGCCUGGGCCUCUGCGGACUAACACCGAGGAGAAGAGUGCGACGAAAGUCAGCCGAACGUUCAGCUACCUCAAGAACAAGAUGUACAAAAAGACCAGGGAAAAGGACAGAGACAAAAGGGAGAAAGACAAGGAGGGCAAGGACAAGGACAAGAGGACGGCGAACGGUCAUGUGUUCACACCGGUUAGCCCUGGCCACACAGCCCAAUGUUACCAGUGCAAUAAGGCAUUCACCAGCAAAGAGGCUUUCCACUGCACAAACUGUAACGUGUCCGUCCACAAGGGCUGCAGAGACAGUCUGCCUGUUUGUGCCAAGGUGAAGAUGAAGUUGCCCAAGCAGCAGUUUGUGGUCCCAGAUUCCAGCUCUUUUCCUACAGUCACGAUGAGAAACAAAUCUGGUGGGACGAGGGAGCGUCCCUGGUCAGCCAUCUUGUCCCCUGAAGAUCACUCUUCUCUGACGAUCCCAUCGUCACGGAGACCCACGAGCAUAAUGUCUUUCCACGGCAACAACCUGUCCAAGAGCCUGUCAAUAAGCAACAUUGCUGGUCCCGUGUUUGAUGAGAUACCCAUAAAAGGCUUUCGGUAUCUCUCCCAGUCCACUGACUCCCUCAACAGAACCAAUCAGGUCACAGAGUCCAUGGAAUCUCUCACCGAUGAAGGGACGGAGAUGAUGGACGGGCAGCUGAUGGGAGAGUUUGAAGCGGAGGCCAAGGAGCUUGAAGCUGAUUCCUGGAGUUUGUGUAUGGAGCAGCAGUACUUGCAGCAGCUGGAUAGAGAGCUGGUGAAGAGACAAGACGUUAUUUAUGAGCUGAUGCAGACGGAGAUACACCACAUCCGCACGUUGCGCAUUAUGUCAGAAGUUUACAGUAAAGGCCUUCAGAAGGAGGUGCAGCUCGAGCUCCAGACAGUGGAGAAGCUGUUCCCCGCUCUGGACGAGCUCUUGGAGUUCCACACGCAGCACCUCAUGCGCCUCCUGGAGAGAAAAAGAGAGUGCCAGCUGGAGGGGGGAAGCCUGGAGGGAGCAUUUAUCAUCAACAGAAUAGGAGACAUCCUUGUCAACCAGUUCUCAGGAUCUAGUGGUGAAAGUAUGAGGAGGAUUUACGGACGAUUCUGCAGCCGCCACAAUGAAGCUGUCAACUUUUAUAAGGACCUGCUGACCAAAGACAAACGCUUCAAAGCCUUUAUCAAAAAAAAGAUGAGCAGCAGCAUUGUGCGGAGACUUGGUAUCCCAGAAUGCAUCUUGUUGGUGACCCAGAGGAUAACAAAGUACCCGGUGUUGAUUCAGAGAAUGCUACAGCACACGAAUGAGAGCGAGGAAGACUUUGACGACCUCAGUGAGGCCGUUAAGCUGGUGAAGGAGGUGAUCGCAGCAGUUGAUAGCAAGGUGAACGAGCACGAGAAAAGACGCCGCCUGAAGGACUUCCACAGCCGCAUGGACAGCAAGUCCAUCAUGAUGACGAAGAACGGCCAGAUCUUUGCAAGGGAGGAUCUGCUGAGGAGGAGGCUGAUCCAUGACGGAGCGCUGCAGCUGAAGAACAGCCAGGGAAGAUUAAAGGAUGUCCAUGCUCUGCUCCUGUCAGAUGUCUUUGUCUUCCUCCAAGAGAAAGACCAAAAAUAUGUAUUCGCCAUGCUGGAUCACCGCUCCACGGUCAUUUCCCUCCAGAAGUUGAUCAUCAGGGAAGUCGCUAACGCAGAGCGAGGCCUGUUCCUCAUCACAGCCGGUAUUGAGAAGCCAGAGAUGAUCGAGGUCCUCGCCAGCUCAAAGGACGAACGCAACACCUGGAUGCACUUCAUUCAGGAAGCUAUGCAGUCAAUGGAAAAGGAUGAGGAUGAAGGGAUUCCCAGUGAGACGGAAGAUGACAAGAGACAACUGGAGACUAAAGCCAAGGAGAUGAGAGAUCUGCUGAGGCAGAAGGAUACAGAGAUCUUGUCUCUGUUGGAGGAGAAGGUGCAGCUCUUUAGGGGAAUGUGGGAGGGUUUGAAUCCGACCGUUGAGGCCUGCCAGCCAGUCGAGCCUUUCUUCAGAUCAGCCAGUAGCCUGGAGCCAGCCAGGGGGGCAUCCAUCAUGAAGGAUGCCCUGCAGGAAGUGGAGAAAUUGCAGGCACUGGUGAAUGGCAGCCUGGGUGGGGCGAUGGCCAGUGUCCAGGAGGGAGGAGGAGCAGGAGGAGCAGGAGGAGCAGGAGGAGGAGGUGUGGGGCCAGUGUGUUUGCCUCGCCGGGCCGAGACGUUCGGAGGCUUCGACAGCCACCAGAUGCACAGUAGUAAGUGUGGAGACAGAGACGAGGGCGAGGAUGCAGCAGGAGAUCUGCGCAGGACGGAGUCUGACAGUGUUUUAAAAAAGGGAGGAAACGCCAACCUACUGCUGCUGUUGAAGAGGAACAGUGAGCAGGUUCUUCACAGUGUCUCCAAUCUGCACCUUCUUCUCAGCACUCUGCAGGCAGUGGUGGUCCAACAGGACAGUUUCAUAGAGGAGCAGCGACAGGCCCUGAGCGAGCGCACGGCCUCCUGCGCGUCAUUGUCUCGGCCGUCCUCGCGGCCCAGCUCCCUGAUUGAGCAGGAGAAGCAGCGCAGCCUUGAGAAGCAACGGCAGGAGCUUGCCACGCUUCAGAGGCAGCAGGCAGCUCAUGCUGAGGAGAAGAAGAGAAGAGAGAAGGAGUGGGAGCUCAGGGAACAUCAGAUGACUGACAAAGAGGUGCUGCUGCACAUACAGGAGGAGGAGGUCGUAAAGCAGCACAAGAAGCUGGAAGAGGACAAGCAGGAGCUGCAGAGUAGGAAGGAGGAAUACCAAAAAGACCUGGAGAGGCUUCGUGACGCACAGAGGAAACUUGAGAGGGACAGGGAGGCCGUGCAGCAGCAGCUCGACAAGAUGGAGCAGCUUCGUCUGGCUGAGAGGACUCCCUCGACGACGUCUGAUGAAUCCCAUUUCCCCGGCUUCUCCCCGUCUCUGGAGCCCGACCUGCUGGAGCUCUCCCCCUCGUCCUCCUCCUCCCUGCCCAGGAUGCAGCCCCAGCAGUCCAAGCCCAAAGGAAAAAGCCUCAAUCCCUUUUUCUUAUCCUCCACCAACACCAACCUCAAGGGCGGUGAAGCCAAUAACCAGAUCUCAAAGGGUCUGCUGCAUCUGGCCAAGAGCAAGAGCAAAGAGGGGAAGGAGAAGAAGAAGAAGAAGGGCAAAGCGGGGAGUAAAGAGACAGCAGAUCUUCAGCACCACCUAGAGCCUCCUCUGGAUGGAGAGAUCUUCUUCUGUUGAUCAUCAUCAUCAUCACCAUCAACGGCGUCACGCCGUUCUUGACUUACAGAGGUGCAAGGUGUUACUACAGUUCACCAUCAGGCUUUUUGGGCACCUUUUGAAAAAGCGACAGUUAACUUUUCUCAUCGUAACAUGAAGCGGUUUGAUGUAACAUGCAGGCAUUU